CGACGGGAAGUGGGAGCGAGGGGCCGCGCUCGGGCAGCCGGGACGCCGGAGCUCCGCAGCCGCCCGGAGCCCCGCAGCCGCCCGGGGACAUGGAGCCUCCCGGAGCCUUGCUGCGGUACCGGCUUCUCCUCGCCGUCUGCUGGGUGGUCGCCGCGGGGACGGCGGCAGGAGAAAAAGCUCCUCCACCUCCAUCCAACCUGCACUACUCGCUUAUCCAAAUCUGCACCCUGAACUGGACGUGGAACCCCCCCGAGAAUGUCAGCAGUGGCUGCGACUUGAAGUAUUCCAGUGACAUCAAGAUUGAUAAUGUCACUCAGGACAAAAGAGAAUGGAGUAAGAGUCGCUUCCGUGUGACUGAUAUGUUCCUGAACAGGGAAAUGAGUUUCGGAGUGAGAAGUGAAUGCGAGUACAACGCCACCAGCAGUUACAGCAAAUGGGUGGAGACCACUCUUCUGCCAAAAGGUAUUCCAGGUACUGCUGCUGUUGACCUGAGCUGUAUUUGGCACAACUUGGAGUACAUGGCUUGUACGUGGUAUGCUGGGGAGAAUGCAAGCAGUGUUACCAAUUACACGUUGUUUUACUGGUUUGAUGGUUUGAAAAACAGUGAGAAGUGCAGCAACUAUUCUGUGCACGGAAGAACUUUCAGAUGCACUUUCAAUCUUAGCUUCCCAAAAGGCACCAGUACUUACCCACCUAUAAGUAUUUUGGUUAGAGAUGGUUCUGAAGAAAUUAGGCCUCUGUGUACAAGUAAAAAUCCUACCACCCUUGUAAAACCUGCUACACCAAGACGAGUUACACUGUCAAAGACUAAUGGUGAAAUACGUGUAGAAUGGAGUGGACCAGACACCUUUCCAGAAAAGUGUUUAUUUUAUGAAGUUGAAUAUCACAAUGGUGAUUUGCACAACACUCAGACAAUUCAAGUUGAAAAAAAUUAUACGUCAAUUCCUAGCAUUGAUCCUAAUAGCAAGUACAUCUUCAAAGUGAGAGCAAAACCAAAGCCUGACUGUUACAGCAGCGAGCUCUGUAGCGACUGGAGCGAAGAAAAGAGUAUUGGUGAGAAGACGGACUCUACGUUCUAUUUUGUUUUAAUAAUCACCAUUCCAUUAAUAGUAGCAGUAUCUACAAUAAUUCUACUAGUUUACCUAAAAAGGCUGAAGAUAUUAAUCCUUCCACCAAUUCCGGACCCUAGAGAAAUUCUUAAGCGCAUGUUUGGAGAGCAGAAUGAGGAUUCCCAGAGCUGCGCAAAGGAUGAUUCUGUGAAUGCUUAUGACAGGUUACUUAAGGAAGAAGAAAUUCAUUCUUUAAUUUUAACAGAAGCUCCAGCGUGUGCUAUUUCUGAAAAAGAAAACCGAUAAACUGUGCUUUACCAGUGAAAGAUGAGGAAACUUUCAUUCCUGCUCCUGUACCUUAGGUGACAAUGUAGAUGUGAAGAGGCCUGCAAGACAUUCACCAACUUUUACCUUACUGAGUCCUUUCUGAGCCUUACUUCUCUGAUGCUCAGAAGAUCCAUCACUAACAGUGGCCGUUCCUCCAUCUCUGCUGGAGAUACUCAUCUUGGAUCAUUCAAGAUGAGUGUGUACAUAACUUUCAUCUGACUGCAUUGCAGCAUCUUUUGUUCUGGCUCCAGCCAGCUCUGCCCCAUUAUUUGUCAUUUGCACUUGUGUUUGUGCCUCACAUUAGACUGUAAAUGAGUGUUUGGAGCAAGCACUGUGACUUCUCUGAAGUAUUUGGCUCAAUUUUGCAGCAGGUGAGAUGAGGCUUGUUUACAGUAGAUGGCUCAUUAGUGCUACUACGUGGAACUGCUGCCAGGUAGGCUGCCAGAGCAUGGACUGUUUGUGGAUGCCUGUUUUGUGUCCUCCAGGGCAGGGCACUUCCCAGAGGGCAUUUAUGGACUGACCUUCUUGUGCUUCUGGUUGAUGUGCAUCAGCCUUGGCCUGGUCAAACCCCAUAAAAGAGGAUUGUUUUUCUUUAAAAAUGUGUAUGAAAAGCCUCUCUGCUUUCCAGCUGGUUUUGAGACUAUUCAUAGAUAAGACUUAGGUUUUUUUAUCCUUUCAAGUGCCUGUCCUCAGAUGCCUUCCCUUCAUGGACUUCUUGGGUUAAUUAUACUUUGUUUAAAAUGAUAAAUAGAAUUUUUUACUUGUGUUGUGCAGUGGCAGAUAACUGUAUUGAAUCUCAUGAGACUGUGAUUCUACUUUGGCUGUAUUGGCCUGAAAACACCUGAUUUUUGGAAGCUAAGUCAUCCUGAGUGUCCAGCAAAAUUACCAGGAUGGGUGCAUGAGUCUAAGGAGCUGUGGUCAAAUUGAUUUGCAGGUGCUAAACCACUGAAACUGAAUUAAUUGAAAGCCUUCAGGACCCAUCCUUACUGCUGACCUGAUGGAUUUGGGGGAAGAGGGGGUGACAACCUUGACCUGCUUUCUAAGGGAUAAGCUUUAUUCUUCCUAUACCCAUGAGGCUGUGAUUUUAGCCUCCCCUCUAGGAGCUUGGCAAUUUAAAACAAAGUGCUGAUUUGACUUUAAAAAAACGCAAAGCUUUUUUCUGUAUUUUACUGCAGCAGCUGACUUUUUUUUUAUAAGUCAUGAACUGAUUUGUUUGUUUUUCUGACGGUUUUGUUUUGAGGUUGCCUUACCCAGCAAAGCUCAACAGCCGUUUUCUGGUACAGCUGUGACAUUGCUCUGCUCUGAGUUCUGAGCAUUAGUUUCUUCCCUGUGCUGCAAGGGUGUUAACAGCAGUGUACCUGGGCUGUGCUGGAGGCAGAAAGCAAAGUGGUAGGGAGAAAGGGAUCCACGCAAGCUGGUUGUGGGUAGUGUUCAGGAUUUUCUUGCUCUUCCCAGCUAAGUGCAGACACAUUAGUCGUUGAAACAGACAGUCUUAGCAGACUGGGAAGAGAUCUGAGAAGUUUGCAAACUCUAUAGUCACUAACCUUUUAAAGUUCAGCCAUGUCCUCAAACUCAAUUCAAAUAACUGAAAUGCUAUAUUCAUAGACUAUAUUGUUCUACAAUAAGUAGAACUAACGGAGCUUGCUUUUUGGCUACAAAUUUACAUCCUUUACCCUCUUAUAUAUACCCCCCUUCUCUUAAUAAAUCCAAUUCUUUCCCCAGUCCCCACUGAGCCUCUUAAACAUAGUUUCCUCCACAUCUCUUAUCUACUUCUUGUUACUGGUAGUAGAAAGGGGAGGAGAAAUGUAGAACUAUCAGACCCCAUAUUAGCUUAAAUCUUUUGCUUUCAAUCAGGCUAAAGAAAAAGAAGACAUUCUAAAAAUUGGUUAGUGAGACAAAGCAAGAAUAAAGCCUCAGGGAUUUCAGUGAGAGAAGACAAAACUCAGGUUACACAAAGCCAGCUAGCAGCACUAUUUGAUGUUCCAGAGGUAAAGGAAUAGCAUGGAGUAAAGGGUAGUUAAAUUCCUGUGCCAACUUGACUCCCUCUCCCCUGCAACGUUCCUAUCAUUAUAGUGAUACAAAUAUUUCUCAAAUCUACCUCAUCUAGAAGUUGCUCAUUGUAGACCACUAGACAGAAGUGUAUGAUUUCAAGGUGAGUAAGCAUAAGAGUAUAAUAUAAAGCUUUGUGGCUUUCAGUAUAGCAAUCUAGGAAGAUGAUCCUUGGUACUUUACCCUAAAUUCUUUCAACUUUUGUUUUGGUGUUUAUGAUAAAGCCGAAGCUUAUUUGCUUGAAAAAAAAAAAAGAAAACAAAACCCAAACAAACAAACCUCCCCCCCCCAAAACUCAUAAAGCCAAAGGAGUGCAAAAAACAGAUGGAAGGCACGAGGCCAAAAAGAGCACUGAAAUGCAGAGGGUGGUUUAGAUCACUAUACAGAAAUGUCUGGGUAAUUCUUUGUUUCACAAAUAAUAGUAAUUGACACACUUCCUAAUGGAGGAAUUUCUCGAGCCUGUGUGUUGGCAUGUAAAGUAAGUGUCUGAGUAUAUUUUCAUCUUUCAUGUGUCUUGUUUAUGGUUAGGGGUUUUUUAGCUUGAAAUUUUCAAAGUUUUGCUAUCAUUUGUUCUUCGUUGCAGUUACUUGAUCUGUAAGUUUGUUUAAAGAAUGAAUAAAUAUGUUUGAAUGUU